AUGUUCGCAACCGACUUACCACUGGAUCAAGAGGCGGAGUCUGUUGGAGCGCGGAGGGAGCGAAAGACCAAAGAGCGAUCCAUCAGGUCAAACUCCAUCCAUACUUCACGAACGUCCACUAGUUCCGCAAACUCUGGCUCUACCGACCGUGAGCAAUGGUGGUCUUCAGGCCUGAAGAAAGCAAAGAGUAUAAAACCCAGGAUACUACGACCAUCAACCGGACAAACCACAGAUUCUCAGAGAAACGCGAAGACCGUGCCAGCCGAGUUGGACUUGACCCGCACGCACAAGCUCAAGGAUCCCGCGCUGCACCCUAGCUGGACAUACACAGGCACUAUUCCUGCGAAACUUCCAUCUGGUGAUUCUCUGCAUCCGCAACAAGAUGAAGUACCGGAGCUGGAAGGUGAAAAGUCCUCUCGAAAGACAGACUCCACGAGAUCGCGCGUCUCACAUGACCGCAAGCGCUCGGUGAGGACUCCGCCGGUAGUUGACAGCAGCGAUGACGCAACGCAAGCAAGCCGCGUCAGUCCUAGAUCUUUUGUUACGAGCAGAACUCGUGCCAGUUCCGAGACCCCUGAAGAUAGAAAUGCCCCACCAAUGUCAAUGCCAGGAGCGAAGAGGGUUGACAGCGGGUGGCCACAGCCAGCUGAAACCGAAGCAAUGCCCAAAGUUGAAGCACUCGAGCUGCAUGACAGCUUCCAGGAGAAAGGCCACGAAGACGCUAAGCAUGUCUCAAAAGCGAGCGGUGGCGCAAAUUCCGAAGUCUCCUGCAAGCCUCUCUCGCAAUGGCAAUGUCUCACUCCACGAGGGGUACCUUCGGAAAUGCAGUUGCAGUCGCGUUCGACCCCUAAGAAGGUUGCAGUCGCCCAGAAUACCACACCGGACCUCGGCCGUUUUACACGGUUUAUCCGGAGGAUGGAGGGAGCCGGUCCCAAGGUCAUCCUGGACCGACUGAAGGAAGAUUGGCAGUGGAGCACAGGCGGAGACGUUGAUGAGGAGCGACGUGUUCAGUUACCGGGCAACGUAUCCUACUUGACGGUGCGCAAGUUUGGUGCCGUUCCACUGCCUUACCCAGAGGACUACUUCUCGCAUAUAAGAGCAUCGACGUUGCCAUCGCUGGUACCCUCUGCGAUAUUACCGGAACUGUUCACCGAAUGUCACAAGCUGCUCGCUACCGGUGGUUUCCUAGAGAUCAGGAUCAUGGAUGCUGCCCCGGUACGCAAGACUACCGGUCCAUUGAUGCGAACCUGGAUCGAGGACAGACUCUCCGUCAAUCUGGAGCGAGACUUCAGAUGCUCAAAGCCAUGUUCGCUGGUCCCCAGUUGGCUGACAGCUGCCGGGUUCGAGAUGCUCGUUCAGGAAGACGACCAGAGCAUGACGCUACCGUGCGCUAUCGACUCGGAUACCGCCAAUGUGAACGAAGAGCUUUCCAUGAUCAUCGGCCGGGCCUUCUGGAAGGACAUAUGGGGCAGCUUCGUAGACGACGCUCAAGACGAACCGAAAUGGUGGUGGGAAGACGAAGAGAUUGUCCAGGAGUGUGUAAAGCGCCAAACUCUGCUCGAAUGCAGGACAAUUUUUGCAUACAAGCGAUGA